AAGCUGGAGCUGUGCUUUAUGGAAAUGACAGCUUUGAAGACCAACUCAAACAAGCAACGUGAAGGCAGCUACUUUAGCUGAAGUCACAGUGGACUGAGCUUAAUGUGUGGAAAUAACUUCUUCAGUUGGCAACAGACAACAGAAGAACUUCCAUUCCAUGUUUCUGCAAGUCCUAACAUGUGGACACAAACCCUAGUAAAUCUCUCUCAGAGCUCUCUGGCGCUAUAGUCUUCCUGCCUUUUCUCUGCCAGAAAAAAAAACAUUGGCUCAGGUUUCCUGGAACUGAUCUACAAAAGAUUCCGUCAAAGAGAAAUGGACCAUUUGCGUAAAUCAGUGCAAAACCAGCUUUAUGCUCAGAGAGUCUAUGCGUAACUCAGUUGCUGUGUUGGUUCUGGGUUUCAGGAAGUGUUGCAAGAAAACAUUUUUACUUCUGCUCUCUCCAGCUGGUCAGGCAGCGUGUGGAGGAGUGAACCGAGGAGAUUGUAACAUUUUGCAGCUGUUCAUGCCUUGGAGUGGAUAACCGCUUGUAGUCAUAGGAAAUGCAUCACUGCAGCUCAGCAGAUUGGCGAUGAGUCACUGCGCUCUUUAACAUAUAAACCUCUGGAGGAACCGCUCACUUCUUGGGGCUGCACAUUCUCACGGGCUCUCUGGGUCCACCGAAAAAACUCUGGAGUAUUGUCCAACUUUGGAGUAUUGAAAAAAUGAAAAACUUGCAUUUACCAUUAUUGCUUUUUACUGUGUUCUAUGCAGUUUCCUCUUCUUUACUGCAGAGACAGAUGGAAUUCGUUGAGGCAAUGACUUACCUAAGGCGGUUUGGCUACCUCGACACUCCACUGGACAAGGAUUCACAGGUAGACAUGAGUGAAGAGGCUAUAACAGAAGCCCUGAGUCUUUUUCAGAGAGUGUCAGGUUUGGCAGUUACUGGAAAGGUUGACGACGCCACAGUGACGAAAAUGAGGCAGCCACGCUGUGGGGUUGAGGAUCCUUUCAAUCAAAAAUCCAAUAAAUACAGGCGAUUUGGAGGAAUUUGGAGAAAAAGGAGUCUGACAUAUCGUAUCUAUAACUACACACCUGAUCUGGGGAAGGCUGCAACCCAGAGGGCCAUUAGAUUGGCUUUUAAGUACUGGAGUGAUGUCACACCAUUAAGCUUUAAGGAGAUUGAAUACGGGCGUGCAGAUAUUAGGAUCUCAUUCCAUGCCAGAAGCGGCUGCCUAUCACCUUUUGAUGGACGAGGUAAUGUACUUGCUCAUGCUGAAGCCCCUCCAUCAGGGCUCAUACAUUUUGACGAGGACGAGCUCUGGACUGAAGGAAAAUAUUACGGCUCUAACCUGCGAAUUGUGGCAGCUCAUGAGAUUGGCCAUGUGCUCGGUUUGGGUCACUCUCAAUACAGUGAUGCGUUAAUGGCUUCAUACUACUCUGGCUACAAAGUCAACUUCAGACUGCACCCUGACGACAUCAGAGGCAUCCAGGCAUUAUAUGGUAAAAGAAUCUCCAGUACCACCACGGACGAGGACAUUAAUGGCUUGGGCCCCACAACCAUCUCACCUUUCCCACAAGUUAAUGUUCCAGAUCCAUGUGAUGCCAAACUUGAUGCCAUAAUGCUAGGUCCUUGGCGGAAGACCUUUGCUUUUAGUGGGGAUUACAUGUGGACAAUCACAGAUAUGGGACAUAAUGCUCCAAUAAAGAUCAAGCAGCUGUGGAAAGACCUGCCAGGGAACCUGAAUGCCGCUGUGUACUCACCGAGAACCAACAAGACUUACUUCUUCAAAGGUGAUAAAGUUUGGCGCUACACAAACUUCCGGCUCGACUUCGGCUACCCCAAACAGUUGACCAGAAUUCCACCUAACAUUGAUGCUGCCUUGUACUUUGAGAAGAACAAAAAGAUUGUCUUCUUCAAGGGCUCAGGUUUUUGGCAGUGGGAUGAAAUGGUGUAUAACGACCUGAGCAUUUACCCCAAACCCAUUUCCCACCUAUUUACUGGCAUUCCAGUCAACCUGGACGCCGCCUUUACUUGGACCAACGGCAAGGUGUACUUCUUUAAAGAUGAUAAAUACUGGCGCAUGAACAAGCAGCUGAUGGUGGAUUCGGGUUACCCACUCAGUAAAAGAGUGCGUUGGAUGAAAUGCACCCACUGAGGGUGUGGAGAGUUGAAUGAAGAGUUAAAGAGGACUUUUAACACCUUAAGGCUUUAAACUGCAGAGGAGUCAGGGACAUGAGCAUUGUUGAAACACGUUGUGUGAUGUGUAGCCAUGUUGUCAUGAUUUACUUUCAAUAAUUUCACAGAGGAAGAGUGUGUCCACUUUUGUGUAUGUGCUCUUUCUUUCCCGCUCUUGCAGUCUGUUGAGUAGACUAGAGAGUAGACAUGUGCCAAUAUUAAAUUUUGCCUAACUAUUAUAGUUCACAAUACUGUGUUUUAAAAAAUUAUCGUCAUUCAAAUUCCAGGACAAAUCAUCUAGCAUGUGUAUAACUUCUGCAUUCUAACUGUAACAUUUCCCAUUGUUUUUAUGGUAGGCAAGCUGCUCCAGAUGUUACGGCAGUUUGCCCAUUUGUUAGUCAUUUUAGUGGAAAACAUGCCUGAAUACAACAAAAACAAAAAACCUGCCACUGUUGACAGCCUUUUCCAAAAUCAAAUGUGAAUAUAGUGACCACAUUUUGAAGUGUCAGUGCUAGCAAUGUCGUGUAAGUUAAUUAUUGUGUUAUAUCUUAUUACAGUUUAUUGGCACAUGUCUACUGGAGAGUUGUGAUAAAUGUUGUAGCAAAUCAUCAGGGAGGUUAGGUGUGACAAAUUUAUAUCUUAUAAACUAUCUCAAUAACGAACUUAUGUUUAGUUGAUGAGCAACUUUUUUCAUUUAUUCUUGCAGUAGUGUAUAAAGAGCUAGGUUCAGUCAAUUAUGGUCUAUUCUUAGCAGUUUACAUACGGGUGUUAAGCUUUCUUUCUAGCUUUCUUCUUUCCCCAUUUGAAAAUGUAAAGAUUGCUCUUUAUAGUCACAAAAGAGUGUUAUAUAAGAAACAUCCAUCAUACAUGGGUUUGAUGUUUGGUCUGGUGCUUGAGGGGAGGAGGAGGCGUAUAUAUCUGCUCCUUGUGUUCCUGCUUAGAUUUGUGAGAAUAUAAUUAUUAAUGAAUAUUUCAGUUGCAGGGGUUUAUUUGCUCAGUUUGAAGUCUCACUUUUGCUAAUUGCAGGGACUGUACUGUACUGUCAAUGCACUGAGAGAGUGAAGAACUUUACUUUACAUUUAAGUGCCAUGAGAUCAUGUAGCAAUGCACACAUCUGAAGCCAAAAUGGACAAAUAGCAAUACAUUUUAAAGACUUUGAUAAGCAACAGUGCAGGCACUACUGAGGCCACUACUGCUGCGCAUACUUCUCAGGAGUAAGAUAUGUCAGUAUAAAAGCUAUUUUUUUUUUGUUUCUCUUUUCUGCAGAGAUAAUCAUCUGACUUCUAUUUAAAAAAAAAAAAAAGUCUUGCCAUCUGAGUCCAUAAGAAUCUGUGACCUAUAAUUUCUUAUAUAAAUGUACACAUUUUUGGACAUGCAACAAAUCUACAGAUAUGUGCAUAUCUUGUACAGGUGUAUGAAAUUGGUGGUGGGAGGUUUUCUUCAUUUCAUUAUCUAUGAAGCUUCAUUUGUUUUUUUUCUUUUAGGAAUUUAGUGAUUAGUCAUUCUGUCCUGUAAUAAAUCAUUUCAGUUUGA